GUAGCAGUCGCGCGGGAAUCCUCAAAACAAAGAGAGACAUCUAAUCUGAGGUGUCCCAUUUAAACGUUUCUUAUUACAAUUUCCUCACUAACAUCUCUAUAAUCUCCAGAUAAAAGUGUCUUUAUCACCAUCAAUUGCAGUUGAUUGUUCAGAAAAAAAGGAUCCAUUGAAAGAACUGAAAGUUCCGUUGUGGUCUAUUGAGAAAAGUGCUUCAUUUGUGCGUCUGUGAAAGAUGGGAAAGAAUAAACUGUUCUUUUCCACACGACUUCUAUUUCCUACAGCAGCAACACUGUGUCUUCUCAUUCAAUCUGUUCAUCCACAGGCACCCCAAACUGGAGUGAUAAGCCCAUGUGUCUUGGAUCAAAUUCUCAAUCUCAUCUCAGCGCCAGAUGAAGGUUAUGAUAUACACAGAGUAGCACUACGAAAUCGAUUGAGGAGUAUUCUUGAGAGGGCUUUAGACGAAAGUGACUAUCAGACGUUGGACAAUGGGGGGAAUGAGGGUGACUUCUUGGCUGACAAGCGUGCUGUCAAUUCACUCGCACGUGCUGGAUUGUUCAAAUUAAGGAAUUCAGGCUCGGUGCUCAGAACAGGUGGAUAUCAAGGCACAGGUGGAUAUCAGCGCACAGGUGGUAACACUAGGGGUGGAGGCAAACGGAGUCUUGCGAGUCUUGCUAAGGCAGGGCAGUUGCCAUCGAAAGAACCGGAUGCAGAAAUUGCACCCUCCUCCAAUUGGUUCUCGAAUAAACGUAAUGUUGGUGCUCUAGCUCGUUCAGGAAAUCUCAACAUGAGCGGUAAGAGGAAUCUCGCAGCUCUUGCUCGAGGAAAUCUCUUGCCACAGAGCAAGAGGGAAUGGAUUGAAGAGGAACGUAGGAGUAUUGGUGCUCUGGCCAGAGACUGGGCUCUGCCUAAUCAGAAAAAUAAGGAUGAAGAAGAGGAAGAACUGAAAGAAAAGAGGAAUAUUGGAGCUCUAAAGAAUUCACCUAUUCACGGAAUACGACAGAAACGACAGGCAUCUUACACUGAUUUUGCUGAUGGUGUCUUUGAAGUGCCAGAACCAGUUGUUCAAACAUCUCCAGUUGACUAUGAAGACAUUCUUGAGUCUCUCAAUAGUCUCAAUCCUAAUGCACAUUUUGAAGAAAAGCGUUAUCUUGGUUCUAUGGCCAGAAAUGGAUGGCUGCGGUCAUUUAGGCCAAAGGACAAACGCCACAUAGGUUCAUUGGCGCGAUUUGGUCUCUUGCGGUCCGACUUGGAGUCCGGUGUCCGGCAGAUGCCAUUGCGGGGACCUCAGGAGAAACGACAUAUUGGAGCGCUCGCUAGGUCUGGGUGGUUUUCUUCGUCCUUUAGACCCGCUAGAGGAGGUCGCUUUAGUCGAUCGGGCAGGGCGAGGUCUCAAACAGACGGAUUUUCCCUCCAACCCGACCGACUUCAGCAACCUAUCGCCAGCGCGUGUAGACGAUGCACUCCUCUCUUUCUCCAGCGCACAAGUUGGGCAGCACCAGGCCUCCAACACUGGGGUACACCACCUAGACUUACCGCCAAUUGGCGCCGCAGCCUCCGGAAGCCAUUCUAUUGAACUGCCACAGACUGUGUCCGCGGAUGAGAUUGUGGCAGAAGCACCCAUCUGGUCUGAUUUGGACACCAAUGAUAUUGACUCAAAUGAUGUAAUCGACUACUAUCCAUUGCCAGCAUUUGAGUGUAUCAACUGUUACCCCCCAUUAUUGUACUAAAAUACCGCAAACGAAAAUACCUUUUCCUGGUGCAGCUGGAGUAAAGUCCUUAAAAUAAUGCUUCUUAUCUCUGCAUCAUCUGCCCCCAUUACAUUAGCUUUAAGAUUCUUAUUAAAUCUCUUGAGACAAUAAGAAAGAAGACAUAAAAAUGACAUAUUUUACUAAUAUUUAUGCUUAUACGUAUUCACGGUAUUCACACAUUUUAGACUCCUAUCUCUCAAGAAUCUCUACGUCAUCUCGUGACAAGAACAAAUCCCCGCAGAAGAUAAUGAUAUAAAAGGAAGUUUAGGAAUUUGUAAAGCCAUAUCUAAUAAUUUCAUAUCACAGUGAAAUUCCAAAUCAUAUCAAUUAUCUUUCCUUUGACAAGAUGAUGAAAUGGUAAACUUUUUAAAUAAGCUGUCUUCUGAUAUGAGAUUACAAGAAACUUUUUUACGUUGUCUUCACGCAAAGAAUUCUCUCUCUCCGUUCUUCCAUUUAAAAAAUAAAGGACUCCUCUCCUGAAGAGCCUUACGGCUGGAAUAAGGACUUUCCAGGGGAUGAGUUUUAUUAAAAAAAAAAAAAACAACGCAACACAAAGAAUUUAAUGAAUGGAACACAACGUAUUCCCCCUAACGUCUAUAAAAAUCUUUUACAAACAUCCUACAAUCAUUUUGCAUCUUCACUAAAUUUAAAUUUAAAUAAAUGUGUAUUUUAUGUAACAUAAGACAAUAAUUGUAUAAGGAGAGUCACUAAAGGCCGAGAAAAGAGUAUAUAAAAAAGUAUCCAAAAAAUCAAUGACAAUACAUGAAAAAAGAAUACGAAAAAAAAAUCUAUAUAAGGUAAAGUACUCUUUAUUCGACCGGUUCCUCUAUUCGACCGGUAGAUUUAUUUAUUCAAUUUAAUUAUAUUUGCUAUAAUAUUUUGUGUAUGAUCUAACAUUAAUAGGUCAAUUAUUCUUUAAAUAAUACGAAUCAGUGACAAAUUCAUAGAAAUUGAUGAAAUUCACCAUCAAAUAUUCAAAAAUUGACCCACCGGUCGAAUAGAGGAACCCGGUCGAGUAAGGGUACUUUACCUUAAAAAAUGUUAGCAUUAUUAGUAAGAUUUUAAGAUAUAAAUUCAAAUGAACUUUUGCUGUGUUUGACAAUUCCAAUUUACAAAAAAAAAAUAUACUUAAGUAUGAAAUGAAAAAGAGAAUGAUAUAUAGCUCAGAUCAUAUAGUAUUGUUGAAAGUUUAUCGAAGAUAUAAGUAUUGGAAACAAAUUACUAAAUUCUGAUGAGUUGGACAAUAAAAAAAAUGUAUUAGACAAUAAUCCAUGUAAAAUUUAUUCAGAACAAUGAUAAAAUUACUUUCUGAGCAUAAAUAAUAUUUUACCCAUAAAGAAACAAAUAUGUAUUUUAAUUGUACUUUAAAUGAAAAGCAUAAAAUAUACUUCAAUCGUC